UGGGGUGCAAUUUGUAUUUAACACUUUUCUUAAUCCCCUUGUAUAUUUUUUCUUUUACUUUUUCUUUUCUUCUCCUUCACUUGCGGCUAACAAUCACCGACAAGACUCACUGAGAAAGCCACCACCAGAGCCGUUGGGUUUUUUCAUAUCUGUCCAUAACUACUUCAGAUUUUCUUCACAUUAAUUCGAAUGAGUUGUAAGGUACAGGCAUUCAAGAUGUUAACUUCUGCUAGGAAAAAACUGAUGAAGAACUUAAAGGACUUGCAGCGGGAUCCUCAUCCACCUCCAGGUAUUAGUGCGGCACCAGAAGAAAAUAAUAUUCUGCUCUGGAAUGCGGUUAUAAACGGCCCUGAGGAUACACCAUGGAGUGGAGGUACGUUCAAAUUGACCCUUCGGUUCGCAGAAGAUUAUCCGUUCUAUGCCCCAAAAGUUCGAUUUGUUUCUCGAAUGUUCCAUCCAAACAUUUAUGAGGAUGGAAGAAUAUGCUUGGACAUUCUUGAAGAUCAGUGGACUCCUGGAUUAUCACGCGUUGAAUCUAUACUUAUAUCUAUCCAGUCACUGUUGUGCGAUGCGAAUCCUGAUUCUCCAGUGAACUCUGAAGCUGCUCGAUUGUUCAGUGAAAACAAACGAGAAUACAAUCGCAGAGUCAGGGAAAUCGUGGAGCAAAGCCAGGCUGUUGUUUGAUAAAUCUAUCAGACAUUCCGAAGUCCUAGUCCGAUUACGCAUUGUGCCAAUUUAUUUAUUGCCGGUGCUUUCUUUUUAAGUCCCUAUUAAAAAUGUGUGCUCGACGCUAGACAAUUAUAUAUAUUGUGCAAGACUGUUGGAUUUUAUGUUGUAAAUCGCAACUUAUGCAGACCGCUACGGAAUUGUGAACAACAAAAUGUUGGACAUGAAAAUAGUGUAUGAAUUUGUAGAUUACAAAUAUAUGUCAAACAUGAAUAUUCUUGAUGAAAUACAUAAAGGAGCCAACUUUAUUUAAGUU